AUGGACUAUAAUAGGAUGAACUCCUUCUUAGAAUAUCCAUUCUGUAACCGGGGACCCAGCGCCCACAGCGCCCACAGCGCCCACAGCGCCCACAGCGCCCCGACCUCCUUCCCGGCGAGCUCUGCUCCCGCUGUUGACAGCUACACAGGAGAGGGCCGCUAUGGCGGGGGUCUGUCCAGCCCGGUGCUCCAACAGAGCUCGGGCUAUCCCACCCAGCAGCCGUCUUCAGCGCUGGGGAUGCCUUUCCCCAGCUCCGCACCCACGGGGUACGCCCCGGCCGCCUGCAGCCCCAGCUAUGCGCCUGCUCAGUACUACGCUCUGGGGCAAUCCGAAGGAGGAGAUGGAGGCUAUUUUCAUCCCUCGAGCUAUGGGGCCCAACUAGGGGGCUUGUCCGACGGCUACGGAGCGGGUGGAGCCGGCCCUGGGCCGUACCCUCCGCCGCAGCCCCCGUACGAGCAGACGGCGACCAUUGCACCGGCUUAUGCUGCUGAUCACCUGGAGGACAAGGAACCACCCUGCCCGUCGGAACCUAGCAACCCCGCAGCCCGCACCUUCGACUGGAUGAAGGUCAAGAGGAACCCACCCAAGACAGCGAAGGUGUCGGAGCUGGGCCUGGGCGCGCCCGGCGGGCUGCGCACCAACUUCACCACCAGGCAGCUCACCGAGCUGGAGAAGGAGUUCCACUUCAACAAGUACCUGAGCCGCGCCCGCAGGGUGGAGAUCGCCGCCACCCUGGAGCUCAACGAAACGCAGGUCAAGAUUUGGUUCCAGAACCGGCGCAUGAAACAGAAGAAGCGAGAGAGGGAGGGAGGCCGGGUGCCCCCCGUCCCACUCGGCUGCCCCAAGGAAGCGGCUGGAGACGCCUCCGACCAGUCUGCGUGCACCUCCCCGGAAGCCUCGCCCAGCUCGGUCACCUCCUGA